AUUUUUGAGGAGACAGCAUAUUACGAUGGUCAUUAUAGAGCAGUGAUCGGUUAAUUGUGUGGUGCGCAGUGGUCUUAUUACUAAGAACAACAAAAAUAAAUAAGUUGUGUGUCCGCUAGUGUGUGUGUUUUAGGAGGAUUGCUAAAAAUUUAACAAGAAAACGGUACAAAAUUCUUACUAUUUGCAGUUUAUAAUUCCAGAAAGAAUCCAGUGUGCGACAAUUUGUUUUGCCUUCGUUAUUUCGUUGUGAGUCUAAGAGUGUGUGCUUGUGUGUGUGUGCGUGUGUGUACACAGUGAAUUUGUGUCCUUUUAUAUACGUACAUAAAUUUAACAUGACAAAGAAUAAAAACCAAAAAAAGCCCUUUUGCCAAAAGAAGCCGCCCAAUUGGAUUGACAACGCAACUAAUACAGGAACAACAACAGAAAUGCCGUCUUCUUCCAUUUUGACGCCGCCAUCGACACCUCCCGCUUAUCCAUAUAUGAAUAUGAACAGUAAAAACAACAACAACAACGGUAGCAAGUCUUGGGAGCGAGAGCUCAUUGGCAGCUUUCUGCUCCGUAUGGCGGAUAAGCAAGUGGUCAGCGCCCGGAGUGCCUGGUAUGUGGACAAGCGUACGUUGCGAAGGGAAUUCGAUCAAUACAUAUGGUCGGAGCCUAACAGCGCAGAGGUUCGCAUAAAGCUCUCCAUUAACGGAGCGUUCAAUAUCGGAACAUUGUUGCAGCGAACGAACUUUUUGAUGAACACCCCACGCGGCGAUCCAAAUUAUCGCAUUAAAAGCUUGGCUUUGAUAGAGUUUCGAAAGGAGAAAUACAAUGCUAAAGAUGAGAAGCAACGACAAACCGAUCUUGCUGUCGUUAGCAAUGUGACGGACGCUGAGAACAACGGCCCGAUAACCCAAAAAUUCGUACUGGACGAGAAGGCUGAAUCGGUACCAUUAAAAUAUCAGAAGACCCAAAAGCAACAGCGAUACGUCGACUUUGAACUAAGCUCGUUGGGUUGCUAUGUUUGUCAGCGCAAUUUUGAGAGUAUUGAGAAGUACGAGGAGCAUAUAGAAUAUCAUGGUGAUGAGUCAGAUUUCGAAUCGUUGCAGCAAAUGACAAAGCGUGCCGAGCCAAUGCUGACUUUAUCGUAUCAGACAUGCGUGGACAGCCAUUACUUUGGCUUUACGCUGCAGACUGAAUUGAACGAUCUGGUGAUUGAGAAGUUCAUCAUUGUUCAGUCGCGGCAGUUCUAUUAUGUGCACAACAGUCGUCUGCCUGUGGAGGUGCCGGCUACUGGACAACUGAUCUUCUUUGUGGACUCGCAUGUCUUUAUGAUUUUGCGGGAGCAGCCCAUUGUGAUUGGGUACAGUCAGUUGGUGAAUGGACAGCGUCAACAUUACGUGGAGCAGCAUCAUUUUAUGCGCACUGAGGCAUUGCCCAAGGCCAGCUUCAAUGUGAAUCCGUAUCGACUGUCCAACAGUAAGCAGUUUCGAGGCGGACGUCUCGAGCCGGCUAUACCGCCGCCAGCAAUUGUGACGGCAUUGAAGCGCGAUGCCCAGGAUGCCCAACUGCGUCUGGCCGAGUACAACAAGGAGUAUCGUAAUUAUUGUGAGCUGGGCAACGAGCUGACGCAACAAAAUCUGCACGGAACAUUGAGAACUCUGCUACAGGUAGAAGAUAUUGAGCGAUUGCAGUGCUAUGUGGCACUCAAGCAGUCCAAAAUGGAGCUGCAUCAGUUUGGCAAGGAGUUGUCCGUGAAAUUGCAGCCAAAUUCACGUGGAAUUAGUGCUGAAGAUGUCCUAUCACCAGGAGAUGAUGUGUUAAUCAUUAACGAACGUAGCAACAUCAUUAACCAACCCGAGCCUGGCAAAGCCAAUAGCAUACGCCAACUAUUGGACAACAAUGGCAUCAUAUUGGAGUUGGCACUUAAGGAUUUCGAUGCGCUCAUUCAGUGGGGCCACAAGGUAAACGAGCUGUUCGGACCGCCGGAAAAAGAGCGACGCGAGCCGCGCGUUUACUUUGCCCGCAUCUUGGGCGUAUCGCCGCAGCGCGUCAAUAUCACCUGCGAACGCCAUCUGCCCGAUAAUACCACAUUUGCAUUGGUGUUUCGACCAGUUCGCGCUGUUCUGCGCUAUCAAUAUCGUGCUCUGCAUCAACUGAAGCUAACUACGUCCGAGCAUGUGCAGCGCUUAUUAUUUCCCUCCAAUAUUUCCAAGCAACCAGUCGCCAUUGGCGCUUUGAACCUCUACAACAAGAACAUCGCACGCAAUCCUGAGCAACAGCAAGCGGUGCAACAGAUCGCCUUUUGUAAUAAGCUUCCAGCACCAUACAUUGUCUUCGGACCACCCGGUACAGGCAAAACGGCAACCAUUUGCGAAGCCAUUUAUCAACUGUAUGUUCGGCGUCCGGAGACCCAUAUACUAGUGCUCGCAGGCUCGAAUACGGCCUGUGAUGAGAUUGCCUUGCGUCUGUUGCGCUCCAUAUCAAAGGUGCCCAAUCAGACUCGUCCGCUCACUCGCAUCUUUGCCGCCAGCUGCGAUCGCCGCAUUGAUAACAUUGAUGAUCUGUUGCUGGAGUACUCCAACAUGUAUGCCCUACAUUUUUAUCCGGACGUGCAGGCGGUGCACAACUACCGCAUUGUGGUUUGCACCCUCAGCUUGGCCGGUAAACUAUCGACGGGCGGUUUUGGACGCGACGAGGAUAAACGUAGUGUUUUCUCCCAUGUUUUUGUGGACGAGGCGGCUGCAUCAACAGAAGCCGAGGUGCUUAUGGGCAUCACAUGCACAAUAGCACCAUGCACCAAUCUUAUACUCUCUGGAGAUCAUAAGCAGCUUGGUCCAGUGUUGCAAUCACAGCGUGCCGGCGAUUGGGGACUGAGUGUCUCUCUGUUUGAUCGUCUAAUAAAGCGAGAGUGCUAUCGCUUAGACGAGAAUGGUGAUUACAAUGUAGCCGUGCAGACGCGAUUGCGACGUAACUAUCGUUCCCAUCCUGAAAUUGUAUCGCUCUACAGUAAGCUUUAUUACGACAACGAACUCUUGACGGAAGCUGCUUUGGAAAAUGUAAAUCGGGCUAAAAAUUGGUUUCACACGCCAAACGAAGACUUUCCGAUCAUGUUUCAUUCGGUUUUCGGCACGACAAUGAAUUCUAAAAGUUCAGUAAGUCUGUGCAACAAUAAGGAGAUCGAUGCGGUUAUGGAUUAUGUAAAGGAUCUUAUGUAUUUCGGUAUUAACGGUCAAAAGUUGGCGGAAACAGACAUUGGCAUAAUAUCGCCAUAUAAAAAUCAGUAUCAGCGCAUCCAGGAGCAGCUCAACAUGCGCAAUUGGCAUCAAAUUGAUUGUGGAUCUGUUGAACUGUUCCAGGGAAAGGAAAAACAAAUUAUUAUCGUCUCAUUUGUGCGCUCAUUUACUGAAAAGCUGGGUUUUCUCAACAAUAGUCGGCGUUUGAACGUACUGCUGUCACGGCCUAUGUCUUUGUUAAUCCUUAUUGGUAAUCCACGCACGCUUAGCAAGAACGAUGAAUUCAAACAUAUUAUUGAUAUGUGUCGCGAUCGAAAGACACUCGUCGGUUCGCCUUAUUAUCCGGAGGACAAUAAACUGAGCGAAUCGAGUGACGGCGCUGGCUCCGGCACCGCCGUUAAAGGAUCUCGGACAAAUGGUCAUGUAAACAAUCGCACACCACACACACCACCACCAUCAACCGAGGAGAACUCAACAUUGGGACACUCAUUCAAGCGAACAACAACGCAAAAGAAAUCGAACUUUAAUGCCGCCAAGAAGAUGGUCUAUAACAAGGAAGAACUUUUGAAGCUGGGAUCUCAGACACCGCAAGUCAAGAAGACUGAUAUGGACAAGUUGCUUGAGGAAUUACCCAGUGUUCCGCGUUAUGUGGAAAAUGAAUCGGAAACAAUUCGCUCAAUUAGGGAAGAUAUGCAAAAGCUCUUCCUAAAUGAGAAGACCAAUACUGCUUCAACUCUGAAGCCAACCAUAUCAAAUAUGAAGAAGGUACCUUCAUCUUCGCCAGUAAUCAGUAAUAAGCCUUCUGCUGAUAUACGUGCGAAUAUAAAACAAUCUGGAAAUGUGGCCUCUUCGACUACUUCAAGAGCAUCACCAUUGACUUCAAAAAUUCACUACGAUAUUGCUACAGAGGCUGUCUGUUCCUCCUUUGCUCCUUCUGCUCCACCGGCCAGUCCCUAUUUGCAACGCCCUUCGCAGUAUUGUCACAUUCCGACGGACAACUCGCGAUUUUUGCAUGUAGGUUCAAGAGUAAAUUAUUCAUCACAUAUUUCGAGUGGAAGACCGACUCAGCAUUCGCCAGGGCUCAGUGAAGAAUACAGACAGCCGCCUCCGUUUUAUAAUGCACAUAAACCGGAGCCUAAAAAGAAAAGCACUUGUGUUAUUUCAUAAUUAUUAUAUUAUGUAGUACGAACUACAUUUAUGAGGACUACCCCGUGAACCUUCGAGUAUCACUGUAAUCCUCUUUUGACCUUGCUAUUUGGAAGCAUGAUGUAAAGGACGCUGCUUCACUCAAGUUGGCUGCUUCGACUGCACCAUGUUCUGGAGAGCAAACAAUAAAAAAUAUUCGUAUAUUGUAUUUGCAAAUGAGUUACGGGAGAAACUCACUUUCAUCUACAAUUUACGAUCUUGGAUAAAGGUCUCUGAUCUAUUUUAUUCAAGCACAAGUUCCAUAAGUUGUACGCUAUUUCAGCAUAUAUGGACGUAUAUAUUGAAAAGGCAUACAACGUUAGAUUCAUGAUCUUGUGAGUCUGAAAUUAAAUAUUUAAGUCUGUAAUGAUACUAAAUCAUCCAAAAAUUUAACUAAAAAUAAUAAGUUUUUAACACAUUUGUGAAACUGCGUAUAUUCCAUACGUUUGUUAGAUUUGAUCAAUUUAUGUAUUCACCUUGGAAAAAAAACAUUACGUAAUAAUAAUGGUAUUGCAAAUUGGGCACUGGAUUUCAGACCAUUAUUUACUUUAUGCUAAUCAAAAACAACUUUAAUAAACAAUUAUGUAUACGACA